GUUCGUUCAUUUGAAUCAUUUCUAAUCAUUCACUCUUUAUUUCGUGAAAAUUGGGUUGUUUUUGUGUCGAUAACGCAAUUAAAUCUUAAUUGAGAACGUAAUUAUAUGGUGAAAAUAAUUUAUAAACAGUAUUCCAAAGUGGCAUAAAACGGAAGAAACAAUUUAACUCGUUUAUAAACCAAAAUAAGUGACGACCUUGUCUACACGAACGUAUGUUAUUUUGGUUGGCAGAGAAGAAAAAGUGGAUUAUUUCUUGUUUUGAUAAACAGAUAUUGUUUAGUGUUUGUAUGGAUAUGGGUGUUCUAUGAAAGCGAAUCUUAAUGGGCCACGAGACGGACUAGAUUUCGGCGAUAUUAUGUAUAAAUUUGCGUGUGGUACACAUCACCUGGAGAUCAGGCGAGUGACUCCUAGCUCACCAUGACUAUGUAUCCAUCGUCUGGAAUGGUAGCGACACCACAACAAGGAACUAGUCAAGUCACGCAAAAUGGAAGCACUACGUUACCUCGAUCACAUCAUCAGAGAACAGGCCGGCCACCCGCAGCACCUAAGUCAUAUGACUACUUACUAAAAGUAUUACUGGUUGGAGACUCGGAUGUGGGCAAGCAAGAAAUACUGCAGGAUUUAGAAGAUGGCUCUGCUGACUCCCCUUUUUGCAGUGGCAGUGCAUACAAGACAACGACUAUCCUAUUAGACGGUAAAAGGGUAAAGCUGCAGCUAUGGGAUACGUCGGGACAGGGUCGAUUUUGUACGAUCAUACGGUCGUACUCCCGCGGGGCGCAGGGCAUACUGCUCGUUUAUGACAUCACAAACAAAUGGUCCUUUGACAGCAUCGACAGGUGGCUUGAAGAAGUCGAAAAGCAUGCGCCAGGAGUUCCAAAGGUCCUUGUGGGCAACCGUCUGCACCUAGCCUUCAAGCGGCAAGUUCAGGAGCGCGAUGCCGAAGUUUACGCUGCCAAGAACCACAUGGCGUUCUUCGAAGUCAGUCCCCUCUGCGACUUCAACAUUAGAGAAAGUUUCUGCGAACUUUCUCGCAUGGCGCUUCACCGUAAUGGCAUGGAAAGGCUAUGGAGGAGCAAUAAAGUACUCAGCCUGCAAGAGCUGUGUUGCCGCGCGAUCGUGGCCCGCACGUCGGUGUACGGGCUGGAGCGGCUGCCGCUGCCGACGGCGCUGAAGUCUCACCUGAAGUCGUACGCGAUCUCGGCCGCGCCCAGCCGCCACCGCGCGCGCACGCACAAGCACCCCCACCACACGCGACUCAACUGCACCGGACGGAACUCAUGCACCAUCGCCUGAGAACUACGCUCCUGUACUUGUGACUACUUAAAUGUGGCUCCAUCUGUCUUGGUAAUCUGACAUCCUGUAUCUUACUUCAACAUCUAAAAGCUACGCGUAACUCCAACCUGGCAAUAAUAUAAAACCCCUUUUUUCAAAGACUAAAAAAUCUCAUUAUUUUUUCUAUAAUAUUUGAAGUUAGUAAUAGUGAGGUAUUUUAAUAUGCGUGUCACAUUUGUCGUAGAGAGCAACGCCACAUUUAUGAUAAUCUGUUUUUGACUGCCAAUGGUAAUCGUUAAGGAUAGUAUAGUAAUGAUAUAGAACAUAGUUGUCUUAAUUUUUGUCGUGAAGUUUGAUAAUGAAAACUUGGAACUUGAGUAAUCCUAACACAAAAUACAGGCUGUAAAUGACAACGGAUUUGUGACUAGAAUAUAGACUAGGCUAAGACAUUGUUACUUAACAGAAUAUAAUGUGAAUAUUGUGUUAUUUAAUUGUAAUAUGUGAAUAUUUUGACACGGCAUCUAGCCCUAAGUUUGUCCAUCGUGUAAUAUCUACAUUAACUUUGUAUUGACUAACAUUAUUACGUGCCUAGCGAUAUGAUCUAUUGUUAUACUGCGGUGAUAAUUAUAUAAGGAUAAAUAAAAUAUAAGUGCCAUCAAUAUAAAUUUGGCUCUUCAUAACACUUUAUUUGAAUUCGGCUUUGGAGUCGAUAUUCGGUACUAACCAUAUUGUUAGUCUUGUCCGGUCACCUAUUAUUCAUUAGUAAUUGUAUGUAAACUUAUAGACACAGCUAUAAUAUUCAUUUUAAGUGACAUCGGUACAGUUUCUUGAACUAUGUUACGUAAGUACAGUUUUUCUAUUUCGAUUUAUGUAGUAAUAUGUCUUGGAUAAUAUAAAUUUCGAAUUGUACAAGUAUCUUAUUGUCCAUUAUUUGUAAGGUAUUAUACUUCUUAAGGUCUCAUGAUGUGUAAAUAUUUUGGCUAUAUUUGUAUCAAUUACAAGAGUUCAUUGCAUACCAAAUGUUCAUUCUAAAUUAUAAUGUCGUAAAAAUGUUGGCUAUUUUCAGAUAUACAUAUUAUAUUAUUACUGUAAUUUAUUAUUUAGGAUGUUAGUCAACGUAACUGCUAACCGAUUUCUUCUAUAAUAUAUGGUUGUGUAUGUUUUAGCAUGUUAUAUACAUAGUUAAUUUGCAUUUAAUAUUCAGUUUCUUUCACGUCCUAACUACAUAAUAACAACGAAAAUUAAAAUAAUAUUGUGUCAAUCAGUACUUUUUUAGUCCAGUCCGUCCUUAGAGAAUAAUUCUAUCCUUCUUGAAAUUUCAUUGCGAGCCUUUGAUGGCCUUAUUUUUGUUUUAUUAUUACUUUUUAUUAUCAUUAUUUUUCUGUAAAUGAAAGAGUUAAUCCAGUUACGCUAUUAUUGCAGUGUUGAUUUCGAUGUCGAAAUGAACACUGAUUAUAGCAGAUAUGCAUGUAUGAAUUUUUAAAUUUGUUACUUUGUUGAUGUUUAUUUAUAAUUAAAAAUUGCAUGUUUUAUGUACAAUCAAAGCAAAUACAAAUCUAAAAAAACUAAUGAAGUGACGUGAUUUUUCUUUUGUAAAUACACACUUUUAUGUUUCUAUUACGAGUUACUUUAUGAUAUAUCUACUUGUGAUAGCUAUAGUGGAUAAUAUAACAAUCCAAAUAAACUAAUACCGACUAAAAGUUUGGUUUAGGUUGAUUACAGUCAUAAUUUUAUUAUAUUAUUCAUUACGUAAGUCUUGAAAUAAAACUAAUUUAUAAAAACAA